CUGUGACCUCCUCCUCUCUCCCCUCUUCUGCCACGCCGCUUUCCCCCUCUACCCCACCAAGCUUUUCAUCACCCAUUAGCUUCACAACUCUUCUUUCUUGCCAUCAUUUUCUUCCUUUCCUCUCCUCCUUCUACAUUUUCUCUUACUCCAACCUCUCAACUCCUCAGUUCCUUUUUUUCUCUACACAAUGUCGUCCGGACAGACUUUUACCCUGAACAACGGUGUCAAGAUCCCAGGUGUGGGGUUCGGUACCUUUGCCGAUGAGGGGGCCAAAGGCGAAACCUACAAGGCCGUGACAAAGGCUCUCCAGGUUGGAUACAGACACUUGGACUGUGCUUGGUUCUAUCUCAACGAGGACGAGGUUGGUGAUGCUGUUCGCGACUUUCUCAACGAGACUCCCUCUGUCAAGCGUGAGGACAUCUUCAUCACUACCAAGGUCUGGAACCACCUCCAUCGCCCCGAAGAUAUCGCCUGGUCCAUUCAGAACUCUUUGGACAAGCUCAAGACCACCUACAUUGAUCUCUUCCUCAUCCAUUGGCCCAUUGCUGCGGAGAAGGAUGGCCAGGAUGGACCCAAGAUUGGCCCUGACGGCAAGUACGUGAUUCUCAAGGACCUGACCGAAAACCCUCAACCCACUUGGGAAGCCAUGGAGAAGGCCUACGCAGAAGGCAAGACACGCGCCAUUGGUGUCUCCAACUGGACAGUCGAAGGCCUGGAGAAGCUGCUCAAGUUCGCUAAGGUCAAGCCUCAGGUGAACCAGGUCGAAAUCCACCCCUUCCUGCCCAACACCGAGCUUGUUGACUACUGCUUCAAGAACGAUAUCCUGCCCGAGGCCUACUCCCCUCUGGGCUCGCAGAACCAGGUUCCAACCACUGGCGAGAGGGUCAGCGAGAACGCCACCCUCAAGGCUAUUGCAGAGAAGGGCGGAAACACAUUGGCACAGGUGCUCAUUGCCUGGGGCCUGCGUCGCGGCUACGUGGUGCUCCCCAAGAGCUCCAACCCUGCUCGUAUCGAGUCCAACUUCAAGAGCAUCAGCCUGACUGAUGCCGACUUUGCCGCUGUCAACAAGGUCGCUGAAGGUCGCCACUUCCGUUUCGUCAACAUGAAGGAUACCUUUGGUUACGACGUGUGGCCGGAGGAGUCUGCAAAGCAGAUGUCCGUUUAAAACAAAAUUUUAAUGCCAUUUUUUACCUUUAUUAUUCUUUUUCUUAUAUUUUCUUUACCUUUUAUUUUCUUUUUUAUUUUCUUUCUUUUUUUUUUUUUUUUUUUUUUUUUUUUUU